AUGGCGGUCCUCAAAGCAGAGGCGUUUGCUCUUGGGGCGGCGCCCGUGCCAGUUGUCAGGCUUGCUUCAAAGCCAAAGCGGGCGCUGCGGGCACUGGAUGACCUUCCAGAUCGAGGAUCAAGAGGCACAACAUCGGCAAUCACAGCGGCAGUCUUGGCAGCGGGUGCCAUGACGAAGAGGCGAGCGGAGAUCCGGGCCACAGCCAAGAAGCCGCUGAGAGCCAGAACCCAGGUCCGAGCCGCCGCAGUAGACGACCGCGUAGAAACUGCGCAAGCUGAUUCCAUGGGACGCGGUAUGGUUAUACCCAUGACGAGAGUGGAGGGCUUGGAGGAGGUAAAGCUUGCUCUCAAGCUGGCCUGCAUCGAUCCUUCUCUGGGUGGCGUAGGAAUCUCUGGUGGUCAUGGAACCGGGAAGACGACAUUGGCCCGCUCGCUUCGAGGAGUCCUCCCAAAAAUUGAGGUCGUCGCAAACUCAAUUUGCAACUGUGACCCCAACAAGCCCUCAGAGUGGGACAGGUUGACUCGCGAGCGACUGGAUCGCGAUGACAAGGGUGAUGUGGUGACCAAAGUGGUCGAUUGCCCGUUCAUUGAGCUGCCUUUGGGAUGCACCGAAGAUCGGCUGGUUGGUUCAUUAGAUGUCCAGGCAUCAAUGGAAGCUGGACGGCCGAUUUUUGAACCAGGUCUGCUUGCAAAGGCCCAUAGGGGUGUUCUGUACAUCGACGACGUCAACCUUCUUCAGGAUGACCUUGUCAGCUUGCUUCUGACGGCAGUUGAAAGCGGAGUGAAUCGAGUUGAGCGUGAAGGUCUUUCUGUGGCUCAUCCUUGUCGCCCCCUGGUUGUGGCCACAUGGAACCCUGAGGAAGGUCCGCUGAGGCCUCAUCUCUUGGAUCGGCUGGCAGUCUCGUUGAACACCGACAUCGACACGGUGUACACCGAUCUAGACGACCGUGUGAGUGCCACCAACGCAGCCCUCGACUUUGCAGAAAGGCCAGCACAAUCCCUUGAAGAGAGCAAUGCCGACAUUUCUGCCAUGCAGACUCAGCUGCUGUUUGCACGGGAGUUCCUCAAUGAUGUCACAAUCAGCCCCGAUCAGCUCCAGCGCUUAGCAGAUGAGUCUAGCCGAGGUGGAUGCGAAGGACACCGUGGGGAAGUAUUUGCUGUGAAAAUUGCGCGUGCGCACGCAGCCCUUCAGGGUCGCGAUGUCUGCAAUGCUGAAGACCUAAAAGAGGCAAUUAAACUGGCUAUUCUGCCACGCAUCCGAGUGCAGGAAGCCAACAUGCAGGAGGAGAUCGAGGAAGAGGAGCCUCCUCCUCCACCACCUCCGCCGCCCCAGCCGGAUAUGGAGGAUCCUGAGGAGAUGGAGCCUCCUCCGCCACAGGAUCAAGAAGAAGAGGAUAGACAGGAAGAGGAUGAGCCGGAACAAGAAGAGCAAGAUGAGGAAGACCAAGAUCCAGAUGUGCCAGAGGAGUUCAUGAUUGACCCAGAAGGUGCUGUGGUCGACCCCGACCUGCUCAAAUUUCAAAGCCAGCAGAAGAAGAGCGGUCGCAGCGGCAAGGGCAACAAGAUCUACUCCAUGGACCGAGGCCGUUAUGUCAAGGCGAUGCUACCAAAGGGUGGUGAUGCCAAGAGUGGCAAAAUCGCGCUGGAUGCAACACUCAGAAAUGCGGUGGUCUACCAGAAGAUUAGGAGAGAAGAGGCGGCCAAGAAGCUGAAGCCGGAGGACCAACGAAACGUGUACGUGGAGCGAAGUGACAUCUGGGUGAAGAAGAUGGCCCGCAAGGCGGGUGCUCUUGUCAUUUUCGUUGUCGACGCAAGUGGUUCCAUGGCGCUGAAUCGCAUGCAGAAUGCAAAAGGAGCCGUGCUCCGGCUGCUUGAAAACGCAUACCAGAACCGCGACCAGGUGGCUCUCAUUCCGUGCCGUGGCAUCUCGGCGGAGGUGCUUGUUCAGCCAACUUCCUCAGUUGCACGUGCCAGUGGCAGCAUGAAGGUCUUACCAUGUGGCGGUGGCACGCCGCUAGCACACGCGCUGUCCCAGGCCAUCAUCUUGGGAAGCAAUGCGAUGAAGAGCUCCGACGUUGGACAGGUCUGCUGUGUGGCCAUCACCGAUGGUCGUGCCAAUGUACCCCUUGCAGUGAGCGAGGGCGACCAGAAUGCCUUGGAUGAGAAUGGCAAGAUGAAGAAAGUGCCGAAGGAAGACCUGCAGGAGGAAGCUUAUGUUCUGGCAGACAAGAUGAGAGCACUGGGUUUUAAGUUCCUCCUCAUCGAUACCGAGAACAAGUACGUCUCCUCCGGUGUUGCCAAAACCCUCGUGGAUCGUGCCAAUGGAAGGUACUACUAUUUACCACGAGCAGAUGACAAAGCCAUCGCCGGCAUAGCCAGUGAUGCCAUCAACGAGAUGAAAGCCAGAUAG